UAAUAUUAAUUAAGUAAAUGUGAGUGAUCACCUACACUGAACGUGAACUCUGGUGCUGACACUGACUGAAUGAAGGCUUACUAUUGUACUAUAAUUUUAAAAUAUAAUAAAAUUAUAGGCCUAUAUAGUAUAUAGCCAUCUUUUCAUUUCAGUUUGCAUCUGAUAGUAAUAGUGGAUAGUGGAUAACUAAUAACAUACUAGUAUUGCUAUUAAUAAUUGAAUAUACUAAUAGACCUUACUCAUAUGACAUAAUAAAGUUAAAGUUAAAGUAUAACGUUACUAUAACUAUAACUAAUAAAUAAAAGUCCAUGCCAUAAUGACAGCAUAUAUUUUUACAAGUCAAAACUACAAUGGCGUGACACAAAUGCAUUUGGAAGAUUAUUUUGAUGUGGUUGAACUUGAAAAUCUCUAUCAAUGGGUUGACAGAAUUCCUCUAACCAGACCUAAGAAGAAUAUAGGGAAGGACUUCUCUGAUGCUGGUAGGUAGCGCAUUCAGUUCUGACUCAUCAAAUGAUAAAUAUGUCAUAUUAAUUAUUAAUAUUAAUGGGUCAAGGGGUGUUUAACCAUUUUGUGCAAAUGUAAAUGUAAUUCUUGCAAAGACAUGAACCCCCGUCGAAAAUUUGGUACGGUAAAGCCUAUUUCAUAUUCAUAUGAACCAAUAAUGUAGCCUAUUAAAAAGAUUAGAUCUAAGUAAGUGGGAAAUAUUUGUCAUUUUUGUUCCAUUUAUAAUUUAUAUAAAAUUUAACCCCUGCUUUGAAGGGCCCAAAUUAAUAACAAUCUCAUUAUUUUUCAUUCUUUCAACCUACUCAGUCACUCAGCUUCAGUCCAAGUAAUUUGGGUUCAAGUUUUUUGGUUCAAAAUUAAUAUAGGCCUAUAUGAUGCAAAAUCUUUCCUUGUUAUUAUUUUCACUUUUAGUUUUAAGUUUAAGACCUGACUAAAAUGUGUAGACCUUGUAUAUGACUCCGACCCAAUCUAUUGAUUUCAUAUGGGUUAGUUGAGGUCAUUUCAUACAAAAGUGGAAUUGGUGAAAGCGUUCAUCAUACAUUUUCUUUCUUAGAAUAUAUGCUUUUUUGGAAGUAAUCAGGAAUGCUACCAAUUACUAAUGCAUAGAAUAGUAUUCAAAGUUUUAAUGUAUCAUUUAAAUUGUGUAAAUUCAUACAAUUUAAUUUUUUAAAUGGGAUUAAUUAAACAAACCCUCUUUACCAAAUUUUUUGCUCCACUGGGAUUUUGGAAAAGAAUUUUGAGAUGGAUAGGUCAUACCAUAAGAAAUCUGAUGCCAAAUAUAACUAGAUCUAGGCAAGCACUGGUAUGAAACCCUCAAGCUCAAGUGGACAGGGAAGACCCAAAAAUACCUGGUGACAAGGAUGUAAUUAUGACAGGAGAGAGUUAGAAAUAGCUAGAAAAGAUAUCAAGAGAUCAGAAAGAAGUGAUAUUGUUAAACCUAAACUAAUGGCCUAUGCUUCUUUAGGAGUUAAAAAGGCAAAGAAAGAGGGGGAAAAAAGUAAUAUAGGCCUACCUUUUAAAAAAGAUUUUUAAAAUGUUUAAAAGACAAAUUUAUAUUUGACCAUUUUUAAACCAGAUUUAUUAUCAAAAUAGUAACUCCUAUAUUUAUAUUUAAAAUGAAUGUGAAAGAUACUCAUUUUAAAUGGAACAUAAAAUUCAAAUUUGUUUCUUUUUUGUCUUGUUUUUUGAAAACUCUAAAAUUAUAUGUGAAAUCAACCAUCCAACCUAAGAGACAUUCAGCACUCAGGGAUUCUUUUUGGGUCAGACAAAUGUCUGGGUUUCACUGCAUUGAAAUAAAUAUUCAAAACAAGUAGUUGAGACUCAUUUUCUUUUGGGUUGUAAUAUUGCAUUCAUCAAGUUAGGCAUUCAAAUGCAAUGUUCUUUUUAUUGUCUGGUUUUGUUAUUCAAGCUACAAGAUAUCUUAUUUGAAUAUCCUUUUGACCUUGCUUGAACGCAGUCUAUUCUAUAUUAUCCAUUGACCUUUAUACUUUAAUUAAUGUAGUUAACAUUGGUUGGACUUGUCAAAUCUAAAAUUUAGGCCAAAAAGAGUUUGACAGAAUAGCAUUUCAAUUUAGAAAAGCAAAUGUGAAUCUUUAUUAAUAUUAUUGAUGCAUUCACAAAAGAAAAUUUUAAUGAAGGUCUCAAAUAGGUUAAAUAUAUCUGAUGUAUAUUGCUUUUACAAUUUUCUGCAAUUAUCAAUCAUGGAUAUUUGUGGAAAAUUUUGUUGGCUUCAUGGUCAUUAGUUUUUAAAUCUGAUUCUCUUAUCAUUCUAUAGACAUAUUUUGUUGCUAAAUUUUCAAGCUAAAUUUUCAAGCUAAAUUUUCAGUAAGCUUUAUCAGUUGAGCAGGUAGUUGGUUAAGAAUAGCGUAAUAGCACUUGAAAAAUAGGUGGAUCGGUUUGAGUGGUGCAUGGAAACGUCAAUAGGAUUAUAUAUGUCUCAUUGAGUUUAACCAUAAGCUGACAUGACUUAGCUGGAAUGUCUUUAUCUGGGGUAAUAUAAAAUUGGGAGCUAUUCAGUGUCACGUGUGCUUUAGCUUUAAUCUAACUUUUUUUCGUGUAAAAGUUGUAACAGUUAAAUCUCCCCCCAUCCCCCGGACGGAAAAUAAAUAAGUUUGACUCAUUUAUGGCAUCUAUUUCAGAUCAGUUUUUCAUUGCCCUUUGGGUUUAGAUAUUAACUAAGUGUAACUGAAGCACUUUGGUAACAGCUCACAAAUGUAGGAAAUUGAUUGUGUACUCCUAAAAGUAUGAAAGAACAACUGUACUGUAAUAUAACGUUUUUGUUUUUGUAUUGUGUCUGUUUGCAGGGUCACUCAAUGAAUUAAAGCAAUGAUACUGGACAUUUUUCAAUCUUUUUUACUCUUUGCAAAGGCUGGAUUUAUGCAGGAUAAAAACUAUUGCUUUUAGAACUCCUUAUUUACCAAUUGGUCUUAGUCUUAAGUCUUUUUACAAUAUAAAUAUAACGUUCAUGAACAGUUUUUUUGUGUAUUUUUUUUUGAGUUACCGUCCAAGGGAUUUCUGAUUCUUGUGUCUUAGAACUCAAAGGCAAACUUUUUUUGAAAAGCAUAGCAUUGUUGUUAAGUACUGGUAAGCAUUAUUGUUAGGUACCGUACUGGUAAGCAGUGUUGUUAGAUACCAUACUGGUAACAGUAGAUAAGAAAGUUUUGCCUAUUAUUUCACAGGUGUUAUUUAAUUAUUUUUUUUUAAAGGAACUAAUAAAAUUAUGAAGAAUAGGUUCGUGAACUUUGGUAAGCCUUCAAUUGAUUGGGCUUGGUACGCUACUGUAUUUCAUGGCCUUUGAGUUACCAGCAACAUCAAUAAUACAGGCAUCAUUGAUUAGCCUUACAUGAAUUUUGUAUUGUUGGCACCAUUAUUUUAGUAUUGAUUUUCUGUUGCAGACUUGACAAAUAAUGAAAGUAACAGUUAAUAAGUUAAAUGGUUAUUUUGUUACAUCUAAUAAGGGGGGAGGGGGUGUAAAGAUCCUUGGGGACUUCUGAAAGUUAACAUUUUUUAUUUUUUGUUAUGUACUGUACUGAAUGUAUGUUUAUUAACAUUUUUAAAUUGUGGAUGUCCUCUCUGGCUGACCUAUUUGUGAAACUGCAAACAAAUUAGAAUCUUAAACCAUCAAGAAAAUAGUAAAAUUUCAUGAGAGCGUUCACUAUUUUGUUGCUAUUUUAUUUUUUAACAAAUGUAAACAAUACCCAAUAAUUGGGCUUUCGAAACUUUUUUCUCCUAUUCUCAGGUCUGGUUGACCAUGACUCUUUGCUCUUUCUUUGUAAUUGCUAUUAUACUUCCUGGCAUUUGCUCUGUGCACUGCCGUCUGCCGACACCUGCAUUCCCAGAGAGGGAGUAAGCCACAUUCUGACAAGUGCCAACAAGAGGGAGGGGCGGGGGGGGGGGUUAAAAAUGUGCAUAUUUUGUGCAGACAUCCUUUUUUUAACAACACCUAUGUGAAAAUGUUAGUAACCUGCACAUUAAAAAAUUAUCUAAUGCUUCGACAAUGUCUAAGGGGUCGUUUGCAAGAGAAUUUGGGACACUUUGUGACAGGGGGGUGGGGGGUGGGAAUGUGUGACAUCUAAAAUUUUAUAAUUCUGAAAAAAAUCUUUAUUUAAUUAAUUUUUAAAACAUUAUUUUGAGGUCGAAAUUGCCUCAGGUAUUUUGGGUAUCAUAAAACUCAGUUUUCUAAUAACACUACCUCUUAAUCUAUUAUGGGAAGAUGUUAAAGAAUAAAAUAAAAUCUUAGUUUAGUUAUGAAAAUUUAAUGUAUGCUUUGAAUUUUUUCAAGUGUGACGUGUCACAGGGGGUGUUAAAGAAUUGUGAACUUCGUGAUAGGAGGACGGGAAAGGGGGACGGGAAGUCUAAAAUGUUCAUUUUUAGCAUGACGUAAUUUACAAAGACCCCUAAAUGUCACACAAUCUUUAAACUGUAAACUUUAAAGGGAAUAAUUCUGUACAGACUUGUCACAUUUCUCUCACAGUUCUGGUAGCUGAGAUCAUCAAGCAUUAUUUCCCUCGCCUUAUUGAUGUACAUAACUAUCCACCAGCUGUAGGCCCUAAACAGAAAAUGGAAAAUUGGUUUCUACUUAAUAGGUGAGAUACAUUUCAUAUCUUAAAAAAAAACAGGUAGAGGUAAAUGACCUACCUAGAUACACUUUUAUCUAAUGCAACACUUGAUCAUAAAAUAAUUUCAGUUAACAAUGGUUUACAAAACUUUUAAAUUUUAAAGGUAAAAAUUCAAAGUUAUAAAUAUCACCCCAAAAAAUCACAAUUGGAAUAAAGAAGAAAAAAUUUAUUUUUUAUACAUCUAGCUGGCCGCAGUUUUUAAAUAAAAGGACGUGUUGGGCUGUUGACCUAUUGGCAUUGGGGACUAGUGAGUGUGACAGACUCACCGUUAGGCAGAAAAGCAUCUAUUGCUAUUGGUGUAAUUAUUCAACCAUUUUAUAAAAUAAAUUUCAAUUAAAAAUAAUAGUAAAAAACUUAAUUUUUUUGCUUUAUUAAAUUUAUUGUUCGUCCCUAUUAUUUUUGCGCACCAACAUUAUGUGAUCCAGAUACAAAAACAUGUGGCACAAUCACUUAAAAAACACAACUGAAAUAUUUAGCUUCUUAUGAUCUUCCCCGGUCUCCGGUUGACAAGUCUGUGGUGGCUUGUCGAUUAGGAGGCGUCGGCCACCGACCCCCUCAACGUUACCCGGGGAACACAACUACUGGGGGCGUCCUGCGUGGGCAGACAUGGGAUGUGCUCGGUACCUGCCGUACAUAAAACAGCUCCUCCAGGGCUGCCAGUUGUGAUAUUUCCCAACUGGAACAAUAGGCAGAGACAGGGUAGGGAUCAUGAUUACAAGUUGCCAUUAAUGGAUAUCAGGCGAGAGGCGAAGGUGGUAACCUCUGGCCGAUGAUUCUUACUACGUAGACCUGAGAAGCUGCUCCAAGGCAACCGUUUCGUCCCAGCUGCAUCGCGAAUUAGUUGCGUUGUGGAAACCCAAUGUAGAAUCCCUUUUGUAGGGCGUCUAACGCUUCCCCAGGGUGGGUGGGGGAAGAUAUUAGGAAGUAAAUUUUUCUAUCCCGACUCCUGAGAAAGUCGAUCGAGUGCACUGUGUGCAAACACAGUGUCGGACCGACCGGGUGUCUUUGGGUUAGGACGGCCCCCGACGGAGACCCUGGUCGAGCAGGCUCGGGUGGGGGCUGUCCUGACAAAGGGACAUCCCCAGUGUGCCGCUCCACGGCCCGAUACCGGGUUGGGGAGGGGUGUUUUGGGGAGGGCAUAAAGAGCGCAGCUCGACGGCCCGCUGACGCCAUAUCUUAAUGUAACAUUUCAGCUUCUUAUGAUAUAUUAAGAUUUAUUAAAAUGUAAAACUCUCUAUAAAUGAUUGGAUCUGACGUCCUGAAAUACUCUGCCCAAGGGUACAGAUAAAGUAAAGUCUUUACUGGGCGAUUUAGUAAAGUCUCGGUAUUGACUUGAUUCUGUGAAAGUUGACUUCAGUUUUUUUUCUUUCUUCUUGAAUGUGGUUUGCUCAUGUAAUCAACUGCCUGACUUGUAAUUUUAUUAUAUUAUUUCAAACUUGAAAUUGUUAAUCUUAUUUUAAAAGUUUCUUCUAAGGAAAGUGCUGCACCGUUUGGAGCUGGAUUUAUCAGAAGAUGUUAUUAGAGCUCUGGUCAAUGGCAAGCAAAGCGUUGUGGAAAAGGUUCUCAUGAUGCUUAGGGUUCAAAUUGACAAAUUCAUUGAAAGAUUCAAUGCCAUGAAAGCUCGAACAUUUCAACUACGAAGGUGCCAUGGAAAAAAUGGCAUAGAGGAAGACAUAUUUGGUGGUUGUAAGUUUUUAUGUACAGUAAACUGUACAAUUUUUUGUUUCUAGGAAACUAAAAUUUUUAUUGUACAAUGUAAUGUAGCCUAUACCAUACAGUACAGUUAUAGAGCAAUGGAUUAAGGGUUGGGUUUUAACAUCACUAAUAGUUCUUUCUGAAAUUGUACCAAAUUUUAACAUUCAAUUUUAAUUUUAUCCAUCUGUAAAAUUCUUAUUCAGGACAGAAAUAAAUCAAAGAUUUAUAGUAUUUCGAUUUUUUUUUCAUAUUUUCCUUAAAUCGCAUAACCCUAAUAUUCAUUUCUAAUACAUAGCCCAACCUUCAAGCACUCAUCAUGACAAUGACGGGAAAUCCAUGAUGUCUUCAAGGUCACGGCCAGGAAAUAUACCAUUUGGAAAUUCAAAUCGAAUGUGAUUUUUUCUCUGUUCUUUUUAACUUUUUUCUUGUCACCUUUUGUUUAAAUAGUCAAGGGCAUUGUUGCAUGGGAAAUAAUGUGGGAAAAUAAAAUUAAGGUUCCUGAAGUGCUAAAAAUAAUUUCUCUUCCCUAUUAAAAAGGGGUUUAUAGAUUUUUUAGCUGAUAAAUUAUAAAUAUUCCGAUCAAAAAACAGAAUAAGGUUUAACAAGGUAUAUUUGAAUUGAAAAAUUAUUUUUAAAAUUACACUUGAGAUAUUGUGGAUUCAAUUCAAUUUUGUUUAUAUGUUGUGUUGUAAUGUGAGGCUAUGUGAGUUCUACAUAAUAGAAAUAUUGCAACAUAUCAACUUAUUUUAAAUCAUACUUCAUUUCAAUCAUUGUCUCUUUUGAUUAUUGGUCAAUAAAUUGUAUUUCUCUCCUUAUUAACUUCAUUGAUGUUGCAAUUUUCAUGACUCUAAAUUUCAGAACCUCUAAACCAGUUUUCACUGCACCAGUGACUGAUAAUGUACCCAUAACUCUUCUAGAGGAUAAAAAACUUGAGUGCAAAGCUAAAGAUGAGACUGUACAAGUGAGCAAACACUCUGUUAAGAUUAAAUUAUGUGAGAAUUGUGAAAUCACAAGUCAAAUAUUAUGAGUAAAAUACAUAGUGAGAAUCUGUUAAAAAUAGUUGUCUUUAACUUUAAAUAGGCACUCUAAUUCUAUCUAUAAGUUAAAAUAAAGUAUCAUACAGCUAGGUCACAACUAAGGUGGUAUCAGUUCAGUCUCAGUUGUGAUUAAGACACUUCAACCUCUUCAAGAAACAGAGGUUUUUUCUGUUGUAAACUUUUUUACCCAAGAAAGCAGAAACAGUGGCUUGGUUAGUACAAACAGACACUGUCAGCCUUUAUUAUAUAAGUGUCAAUCACUUCGGUUUUCUCUUUAUUGUUAUGUUAGUAAACUGAAUACCUCUUACCAGACACAUGUAUAUUAAAUAAAAGCAUACAUCUAGUGUAGGAAUGACUUUAAUGUUAGCUAUUAGCAUUUCAACAGAUUACAACUUGAGUUUGAAGAUCGAUAGAAAAAAUUAAUAUGAUUAAAAAAUGUGUUCAUUGUACCGAGAUGACUCUGUUAAAAUGAGCAAAUAUUAAAGUUUUCUAUUUUUCUAUUUUAAUUUUAGAUCCUGAAUGUUAAAAUAUUAAAAAUGGAACAGCUUUUACAACUGAAAGAAGAUAGAAUACAAGAUCUAGAAAGACGACUAAAGUUACUUUGAAAUGAAUCUUUUUAUUCUAUGUUUAUUUUAAUGUUUAAAAUGUUAAAUAUCAAAUAUGAAAUUCUUCAUUUAAAAUAACUCUGCAUACACGGUACCAGUAUUGAAUUCUAAUUUUAAAUAUCAAAAUUAAUUCUUGAUUUUUUAUGGAGAGUAAAUUACUUAUUAUAAUCAUAGUUACAUUUUUAAAAUUAAAAAUAUAUCAUCUAUUAUCCUAUAUCUAGUCCUGCAUACCAUUACUUAAAAUAUAAUUUGCAUUUAAUUUAUUGAGGAAAUUAAAAUAAUUUAUCUAUUUUACUUUCGCACUUAUCAAAAAUAUUAAAUUUAGUUACUUUUUAAAAAUGAUACAGUAUCUAGUACCGCUGUUGAAAAUAGGUUUCAUAAAUUAAUUUUGGUUUUAUCAUUAUUAUAAUUAUGAUCCCUAGUAUUUUAGUAAUAGCGAAAAUUCUUUUGGUGAAUAUUGCAAAUUACGAUUACAUCCCUUUACUUUACAGUAUCUAAAUUUUGCUUAUUUCUUACUACAGUAACUAACAAAUCCCAUUAUGAGAGAAAUGAAUUGUGUGGACAUUAAUAAUUAAAUAAUGACUUAUGUAUAAUGUAAUAUAAUAUGCAUAUUUUAUUUCUAGUGAUGUUUUGUUCAUGACGAAAUGUAAUGCUAAAUUAAUUAACAUUCUCCAAUUUAUUUAAUAAAGGCGGUUAACAUAUAAUUCUUAUCUAUUAUAAGAUAUUCUAUAACAAUUGUAGUGGUAAAAAAAUCUCCAAUGAAAAAAUGGUAUAGUUAUCGUAAACUCCAAGAUUUCCCUAAAGUAUUUAAAACCAUCUUGUUAAGUAAAAGUAUCAACACUUUAAUCGAGCGCAUUGUUUGGUUUUUUUCCUUCAAAAGUCAAGUAUGGGUAAUUACAGAUAUAAGCAUCUUUUUCUUUUUUAUUUACCUCACCUCAAAAUGCACUUAAACACAUUUGAAAGAAUAAUGUUUUAUAUUAUUUAUUUUUAAUUUAAUAAAGAUCCAGAAAUUUUCCGCCGCCCCCCCCCCCAAAACACCUUUCCAUGGAAGCCUAUGUGAUUCAAAUUUAGUUUACUUUUCUGUUUAAGGUUAAUGAAAUUAUACCACUUGAUCUACCAUUGUCUUGAUCCAAGAUUUAAUCUAUUCAUUUUUACAGCCUUAUUGUUGAUUUACAUGCUGUUGGAAUUUAAGCAUACCGGUAUAAUUCAAAUUUUAAUUUGUAAACCUGUAAAUGAUAAAUGUGAAUACUGGUAACAAGAUGAUAAGUACAUUUUACCUGUUUAUUUUUUUCUUUGUGUGAACAUUUUUUCAGAUUAUGGAAAUGUUAGUUUGACCUGUAAUUGUCAUAUUUAUCAGUUGAGAAAUAGAUUUAAAAAAAAUUAAAACAAUAAGUCCAGAUUAGAGGAACCGACCCCUUAACUUCACUCAGCCUUCAACCCUAAAACAGAUAAAAUAGUCAUUACAUAUGCUUGGUUUAAUUUAAAUACAUUAUAGCCCUUAAUUUAGUAUUUUGUUUAAGCAUUUUAAAUGCGAUACAUAUAUUCUGCAUUUUUAGGAUCCAAAAAACUUGUAUUUUUAGAGUAAAUUACCUAUGUUACAAGGCUAAGCUAUUUACCGAAUUUCAGCUCCAAACAAUUAGUGUAAACCAGAGCAGUUUUGAUGUAACUAAAGGAGGAAAGUUAAAAUAGGUUUAGUAAAAUGUUUAUCAUUUAGUGUAUUUAUAUUAAUACCGGUAAUUAGUAAUUAGAUUAUCAAGCUUAUUGUGAUACCAGACUCAUUCAAAUCAAUAUCUUGAUUAUCUGUUGAAAAGAUAAAAAAAAAUUAUGACCUUUCCAUCAUUCUGAUGUUUUGAAUAGUUUUGAUUUUAAUGCACUAUAAUUUGAUGUUUACAUUUUACUUGUUGAAAUUUGCAUAAUACGAUAUCCCCAUAGUCAAAUUGAGACAAAUGAUUUUUUCAUCUAAAAUGUAUGUUUGAACGUGUAGUUAAGAUAAGAUUCUUUUAUUGAUCCAAUAAUAUGGCGAUUGUUUUAAAAAAAAAUUACAAAUACAUUGAACAUAUAAAUUUUCAGCACAUAAAAAUAAAUAUCUUUUUAACCAAGACAGCAUUUAACGAUUUAAACACAAAACAUCUAAAACUAUUUCUCUAGUUAAAAAAUCAGCCAUCAUUUUAAAAUAAAUAAAUAAUAAUAAUAAAGUUCAUUUCAAAAACACGCUUCAAAAGGCUCGAAGCGCGGUACAAAGUCAACAAAAUACAAAUCUAUAAUUUACCACAUUUAAAACAAACGCAACACUACAAAAACUAAUUACUAGCAUACAAUUGCAAAGUCUUUCUAGCCAUUUCAACCCCAAGCAACACAGCCAUUAUGCAUUAACUAAAAAAUAAGGUUGACAAUCAUCCCAGAAGGUGUUUGCGAAAUAGGUGUGUCUUUAAAUUGGUUUUAAAGGACUCCAGUGUCUGGUUGUUUCUGAGAUCGACAGGAAGGGCGUCUAACUUUAACUUUAGGGGCAAGAAUUUGCUCUGAUCGAGCUGCUCAUAAUAAGAGUUGUAUGUAGGCCUAUCUGUGAUAUAGAGGGUGGGAUAUACCAUCCAUUUUUUAAAUUUUAUUUUUAAACUUUUACAAUUUUCAACAUUUUUCUUCAACUUCAAAUAUUUCUUGGAUUGAAGAAUGUUUAGUUUGUGUGAUAUUACUACCUUUCUUUAAUAUUAUAUCACCACCUUUUCCUCAUAG